CAAUCAUCGUCUCCACCUCGAAGAUCUGAAAGGGCGAGAGAGUGAGGUGUGUCUCAAGCAAGCGAAAAUGGCGGAGGCGUCCGUUCAGAUGGAGCCCAUGCUGGCGCUUAUGGCCGACGAGAGCCGGAGUCAGCUCAUCAAGCAAGGAGCUGAGGCCAAGAUUUACGCCUCGUCGCUCAUCACGUCGUCAACUGAUGCCAGUGCCGACAAGGUCGCCAUGCUGCUGAAAUACCGCUUCCCAAAGACGUACCGACACCCUGCCUUGACGGCCUCCAUCACGGCAGCUAGAACAACGGCCGAGGCGAGAGCACUUGUGCGCUGCAUGCGAGCAGGAGUGAACACGCCGAAGUUGCUGUGUGCAGACGAGAAGCAUGGUGUCUUGGGGCUCGAAUACAUCGUCGGGAGGAGCUUGCGAGAAGCGCUUGGCGGGGGCAACGAAGGAGGCGAGGAAGAGGCAGUCAGCAGAGAACCACCGCAACCGCUCCUCUCGGACAGCGAGGCGCUCGAAGCCAUGGGUCUCGUUGGCGAGCAGUUGGCACGCAUGCACCACGCCAAUGUGAUCCAUGGCGAUUUGACGACAAGCAACAUGAUGCUACGGGCGAAGCUGCCUGGCGACGAUACAAGAGCUGGCGUAGCACAUCAGGAGCAAGCUCUGGUCAUGAUCGACUUUGGCCUCAGUUCCACAUCAGCCAUGGCAGAAGACAAAGCAGUCGACCUCUACGUUCUCCAGCGGGCGUUUGCUUCGACGCAUCCCAACAGCGAGCAUCUUUUUGCAAAGAUCCUAGACGUCUAUCAAGAACAGCUCGACACUCUGGAGGGCGGAACAAAGAGCAAGACCAAGGCCUCGGCCGAGGUCAUGCGCAAGCUAGACGACGUCCGGCAAAGGGGACGGAAGCGCUCUAUGGUCGGAUGAGCAUCCGAUGCAAUGUAAUCGUAGACUGUAAGCAUCAAACAAUAUGUACAGUACCACUAUCUCGAACAAACCAGGAUUGCCAAAGUCAGCACAAGGU